UUGAAUCGUUGGAACCGAGCUGCUAAUUCAAAUUACUUCAUAUAAUUUGUUUUUUUUUAUAUGUAAUGAAGUUUUGUUAAUGCUUAAAAUGUCUACUGUUAUUAAUAAAAACGGCGUCACACCCGGUUGUAUAUACAGGAUAUAUCUUCAAAACUUUGUGACAUAUAAGGAGGUCGAAUUAUACCCAGGGACGUCUUUGAAUUUAAUUAUCGGUCCAAAUGGAACAGGAAAAUCAACCUUUGUCAGUGCUAUUAUCUUGGGACUUUGUGGAAAACCUAACAUUAUUGGAAGAGCAUCAAAAGUUUCUGAUUAUAUACAAACCGGGUGUGAGACUGCUACUAUUGAAAUAGAGCUAUAUCAGGAAACUGGAAUGAAAAAUGUCAUUAUUAAAAGGACGAUAUAUAUGAAAGAAGUUUCGAAAUGGAGCAUCGACAAUGUAGCGGUUCCUGAAAAAGAUGUUCGUUGUCUUAUUGAAAGAUUCAAUAUACAGGUAGAUAAUCUAUGCCAGCUUUUACCACAAGACAGAGUGCAAAGUUUUUCUGAGUUAAAUUCAAAAGAACUUUUGAAAAGUACAUUAUCAGCUGUUAAAGGAGAAAAUAGCGUUAAAAUACUUGAUAAUUUGAUUAAAGCCGGUUUAGAAAAGGAUAAUUUGAAGAAAACAGCUUCUCAGACUGUAACUCAUCUGAAUAAUCUCAAGAAGGAAAAUGAACGAUUAAGGGUAGAAGUGGACGUGAUGAAAAAAAGAAAUGAAUUCGAAGAGCAAAUACAAAUUUGUGAGCGGAAGAAAAAGUGGUUAGAAUGUAAAGUUUUGAAGGAUAAACUCAAACAACACGAAUCUGACAAGAAAAAGGCUAUUGCGGCACUAAAAGCAUGUGAAGAUAAAUUAAAACCAAUCCAGAAUAAUAUAGAAAUUGAUAAAAGAUCCAUUAAUGUCAUGGAACAGGAAAAGCUAGCGAUAGUCAGAGAAAUCGAAAACUUAAAGGAGUUAGUUAAGAAAACAAUAGAAACUGUGCAAACCAAAGAAUAUGAUAUAAGAGAUGCCCAGUUAUCGUACCAGGAUAAAGUGGAGAGGCGAAAUAAUAAGGAACACGAAUUAAGCGAAGCAAAAGCGAAAUUGGAGAUGUUGAUUAAUAAUAAACAGACAUUGGAAUCAAAAAAAGGAACAGAAAGUGAUUUACAAGCGGAGUUGCAAGCUCUGAAACAGACAAUAGGCAAAACGACGGCAGCAUACGACGGAGUUAAGAAGCAGCACCAGCAAAUCGAAUAUCAACUGACGCAUCAGAUCGAGGUUCGAAUUUCGCAAUUGAACAAAAGAUUAACUGCACUGCGUGAUGUGAACAAUAAGCGAUUGUCUACAUUGGAAAGAUACAGCAAGGACACCUACAAGGCAGUCGAGUGGCUAAGAGAAAAUCGACACUUAUUCAAGCAUCCUGUGCACGAACCGAUGAUGUUAGUGAUAAACUUCAAGGACCCGAAGCUGGCGCGCUACCUGGAGGCCACGGUGCCGGCGCGCGACCUGGUAGCCUUCACGUUCGAGUGCAAGGACGACAUGAACCGCUUCCUGCGCGCCGCGCGCAGCGAGCGCGGCCUGCGCGCCGUGAACGCCGUGAGCAGCCGCGCCGCGCCGCCGCCCGCGCCCGGCGCGCCGCCGCCCGCGCACCUCGGCUUCCGCGCCUACCUGGCGCACGCGCUCGACGCGCCGCCCGCCGUGCUGCGCUACCUGUGCGCCGCCUACGGCCUGCACCGCAUCCCGCUCGGCGACCGCCACACCUACGAGAACGCCGACAAGGUGCCGCCGCACAUCACCUGCUUCUUCACCGAGAACCACAAGUUCACGGUGCGCACGUCGGCGUACAGCCGCGAGGUGUCGUGCACGACGUUCGAGGUGCGGCCCGCGCGCCUGCUCGCCAACACGCUCGACGUCGACCAGAUCUCCGCCGUCGAAACCGAGCUGAAAACACUUGAACAGGAGAAAAAGGAAAAGCAGAACCAAUUAAAUAAUUUACAAAAUCGACUAACAACCCUCGAAGCUCAAGAACAGCAACUCAACCCUGAAAAAAUUGAAAUCGAAAAUACUAUCGGAAAGAUAAGAAAUUUAUCAGCGUUCAUACGUAUCCAAGAAAAAAAAACGAACGAAUUAGCCAAUGAAAGACCAGUAGAUAUUAAUCGUGAAAAAUUGGUAUGCAAGGCGAAACAAAAGGAGGCAGUUAUGAAACAGUGCACUCUACACGAAGAGCUACUUAAGAUUUUCAAGAAAAUACAUCAGAAUUAUUUUAAAAUGAAAAUCCUUACGAUGAAAUUAGAAAUGACAAGAGUAAAAAUAAAUGAAUAUAAAUCUAAAUUCAGGAAAUCUGAGAGCGAACUAGAAGAGCUCAAGGAGCGAGUACAAAGCAAGGAAAUGCAGAUACAGCAGCUGACUUUGAAAGUUAACGAGUGCAUAACGCAAAUAAAGCGUAUUUGUAAUAAUAAAUUGCCUAACGAUCCUGACUUCCCUUACGCUGUUCAGUUUGAUGCAUUGCCGAUGGAUUUGAUACAGUUGCAGGCGCACCACUCUGAGCUGGAGACAAGAAUGAACGCCAUCAACCCUGGAGAUACACAGAUUAUCAAAGAAUAUGAAGCGAAAGAAAAAGAAAUCGCCGAAUUAGAAGAACAAGAAACAAAAAUACAAAACAAAAUCAUCAAGAUGCAGAACUUCAUAAAUCAAUUGAAGAAUCAAUGGCUGACGGAUGUUCAACAAUUGAUACACAAUAUAAACGUCAAUUUUACGGAAAUGUUUAAAAGAGUCGAUUGUGCCGGCGAAGUUAAACUUGAAAAGGGCGAUAAUGAAGACGACUUCAGCGCGUACGGCAUCGGUAUCUGGGUGAAGUUCCGCGACAAGGAAGAAAUGAUGCAGCUGUCGCGGAACACGCAGUCGGGCGGAGAGCGAGCCCUCACCACCGCGCUCUACCUGCUGUCGCUGCAGAGCCUCGCCUCCGUGCCCUUCCGGUGCGUGGAUGAAAUCAAUCAAGGUAUGGACACUGUGAACGAGCGCAAAAUGAUUCAACUACUAGUCAAAGAGACGACCGAUUUACAAAACUCGCAGUACUUCUUGCUAACACCGAAGUUACUCCGAAACCUCGAGUACAACGAAAGCAUAAUGGUUCACACAAUUAUGAACGGGAAAGAGCUUAUGAACUACAAGGACUGGAAAUAUCGAUCAUUCCUUCAAAAAGCUCGAACGUAUCGUUUACCUUCUACUUUAAGAAAUUAUAAAAGUUCUAUGUGAGUCCAUUUAUUUUAUUAUAUAUAAUAUAUAUCAUGAUGUUACUGCGUAGUCAUUCAAAGAUAUAUUUUAAUUAAAUAUAUAUAUGUUUGAUAUGUACUUGCAUAUUGUUAUUAUAGAAUUAAUCUUUGGUAUUGUUGUCUUUAGUUAUAUAAAUUGUUUAAUUAUUCAUUUAUCAUGUCAUCUGUUAAGCAUUUAUCAAAGUAUUAUUACGUUUUAGAGCAAACCAAUCUGAAAAAAAAUACUGCAAAUUUAUGUUUGUUUAAUUCGUCAUAAUAUUUUAGUCUGAUUGAAAUUUUAAUGCCAUAUAUCAUUAUUUGACAGUAUAAAUUGUGUACGUAAACCCAAAGAUACUUAGUUUUAAUAUUUAAAUAAGCUUUUAGUAUAUAAGUAAUGGCUAUCGUGAAAUGUACAAUGUUACCACUGUUAAUGUUAAGAUGGAGUGCCAUAGAGCCAUUUUUAUUAUUUCAAUUUAAUAAUGUCAAAUGGUAUUGUACACUAUUUAUUUUUUAUUUUAUGCAUUUAUUUUUUACUCGGCGUAUUAUUUGAUGUACUUAUAUAUUAUUUUUUAAAAUUAAUAUUCGCUACAAUCUUAAGCUCUGCGGAUCUGGCGUCAGGGUAUGGUACGUAUUGACUAUUUUUAUUGAUAAUAAAUUAGAUUUAUAUAUGUAUAUAUAUUAUUGGACGCAGUGUCGCAGGUGUCCGACGCGUUUGUAUACAAAUAUUUGUCCUGAGCUUGGUGUCGUCCUCCUUGUGCCUAAAAUGAAUCCCAAGAAAUAUUAUAUAUGAUAAUCUUUUAUUGUAGAAUAUUUUCAUCUGAAGUAUUAAAUGGUCUAUCAUAGGGUUGGUAAUUCGUCUUAGUGUUACGGUUAUCAAAAACUAUUUUGACUUAUGUAAUGGAUAUUUUAUCGCAGUCUUGUAAAUACUUGACCAAUGAGAACUCUAGUUCUCUCGAAACAUCUCGAAAGUAGCGGCUCAACGUUAUACAUAUUGAAAUAUUUUUUUUAAUGUAACAGAGUAAUAAUAUUUAUGUUUAUUCAUCAAUUAUUAGAACAACAAUAAAGUAGAGAUAAAGACAAACAUAUCUUAGUUCUAAAAUUCAAAAUAACUGAUCGUUAGUCCGCCUCUAUAAAAGUUCAGCGGCGCAGCAUUAUUGAUUAUCUGUAGUCGUAAAUAAUUUGAACACAAACGUAACGCUCACGUAUCAUAAUCAUCAUCAUCUCAGCCGAAAUACGUCCACUGCUGGACAAAGGCCUCCCCCAAAGAUUUCCACGUGAGCCGGUCUUGCGCUGCCCGCAUCCAACGGCUUCCGGCUCACGAAUAUAAGUAAUUUUUUUGAAUUAUCUCCCAUUUACAUGAUGGUUUAGCUUAUUCUUAUUUUGAAUGAAAUAUAUAUAUAU